AUGGCCAACCUGCCGGGUGUGAUGUGGUACUUGCACAGCGAGGUUGUUGGACAUUGCCCUCGCAAGUUUGGCAUCGUCCGAAUUCUUCGCUACAAGAUCACCAUGAAGCCGACGCCCGAGCUCGAGAGGACGGGCCACCCAUACGCUCACCUGUGUCACUUUGACAGCGGUGCCUGCACGGGCCCGAAGAACAGCUUGGACGAUUACCAAAGGUAUGGGUAUGUCGUCGGGUGCGAUAGACCCAACCACCAACAUGCCGCCUACGACCAGGCGACCUGGUACAGCUUCCCAGGCGACUGUCCAUCUAAGCGGUUCCAACAGAAAGCAGGUUGCCAGGAGAAGGGCGGCCUUUGCAAGCCUGGUGAGCCGUGGUCAAAAACUUGCACUUGGCGAAAGGAGUAUGCGGGUGAGAUCACGCUGGAUGAGCUGACCCACAACUACAACUUCGAAAAGCGCUGCAAGAAGGGCUUCUACGAGUACGACGAAGCGAAGGACAGAGGUCAGGGCACGAACUACUGGCAUACACGUUCCAGCGAGGCCGUUUGCAACCGGCGCAUGAAGUGGUUGAAGACUGUCCUCCACAGGAAGGCGGGUGGUCCCAACCUCCCGGACCCACCGCAGUGCCCGUUCGGAGAUCAGAACCGUUGA